CGUAAUUUGUAUUUGUACUAACAUUUAAAUUACAGCUUCUACGAGUGAUGGAGGGCGAACUGCAGAGAUUGAGUUCUCGUCUAUGAAACAACCUCCGUUAAUCAAACAGCUAAAGGGAAUUCUGUCAGAGUAUCCGGACGGAGGUCAGAUUUUAAAGGAAGUGAUUCAGAAUGCAGAGGAUGCAGAAGCAGUAGAAGUUCAGAUCGUGUAUAACGGUAGAAGAAUAAACGAUACGACAGGGGAGGCUACUCCAGCUUACAACAGAUUCUUUAAGGGACCAUCACUUUGCAUCUACAAUGACGCAGUAUUUGCGGAGAAAGACUGGGAUGGGAUAAGGAUGAUCUAUAGCAGCGUCAAGGAAGAUGACCCUCUUACAGUUGGUAGAUUUGGUCUGGGUUUCAAGUCCGUCUUCCAAAAAACUGAGAAAUUCAUGUCAAAUUAUAUAUCAUUUUCCAUACUUCCAAGAAUUUAA